ACAGUGGCGUACAGAGGGCGCUGCAGCACGACGAUGGCUGCCACCACUGAUGGAGAUAACGUGGAGCGCAAGGAACAGGCCCCGCAAUGCGAUGGCCUGGGCCGAGGCUACAUGUGGUGGAGGCGAAGACGUUUUCAACUGGCAUUCCUGUGCUUCGUUGGAUUCGCAAAUCUCUAUGCUGUCAGAGUUAACAUCAGUGUCGCCAUUGUCGACAUGGUGGCUAACCGUUCAGUUAGCACAGAAAACAACACGGUGAUAUAUGAGCAAGAUUUUCCAUGGGACUCAAGAGUGCAGAGCCUGGUGCUGAGCAUGUUCUUCUAUGGCUAUGUGCUCACACAGUUGGCAGGUGGCUGGCUAGCUACUCGGUUUGGUGGUGCUAGGCUCGUAGGGAUAGCAGUCGCUGGCUCUGUACUGUUGUCAGUUUUCACACCACCCCUUGCCUAUUCCAGCUUAUACCUGCUGAUGGCUGCUCGUGUCCUUAUGGGCUGUUUUCAGGGAAUGGUAAUGCCAGCAAUGAAUGAAAUGUGGGUGUAUUGGGCACCAAUUGAAGAACGCUCUCGUUUGAUUACAAUUACUUUGUCUGGCUGUUCAUUUGGCACUGUAAUUGCAAUGCCAGCAUCUGGAAUCAUAGCUUCUUCACUCAGUUGGCCUUUUGUGUUCUACAUAUUUGGAGGAUUAGGAUUACUAUGGUAUGCAAUUUGGGUGCCAUGUGUGAAGAAUACUCCAGAAAAUGAUACCAGAAUUUCAGUAGAAGAGUUAAAAUACAUCACUGAAAGGAAAGACUAUUCAGCUCAAGAAAGUAAGACUAUUAAAACUCCUUGGCUUAAAAUAUUCUCAUCACCACCAUUCAUUGCAACUGUCAUAUCACAUUUUGCAGCUAAUUAUGGACUUUUCAUGUUUCUGACAGAAUUACCUACUUUUAUGAGUGAUACUCUUAAUUUUGAUCUCCAGAAAACAGGGUUUCUUUCUGCUCUCCCCCACUUAGUGAUGUGUAUUGUCCUUCAGAUCUCAGGUCACUUGUAUGACUACUUAAAUAAGAAGAAAGUUCUUUCUCCCACACUGUUGCGAAAGUUGUUUCUUUGUGGAUCGUUUAUCAUACAGGCUGCACUGUUAGUGCUAGCUUCUUAUCUCAGGAUACCUGCAGCAGUUGCACUGUGUCUAACAAUGUGUCUGGGGGCAGGUGCAUUAUGCUAUACAGCUCUGUGCUCAUUGUUUAUGGAUCUGUCACCAUUACAUAGCAGCAUAUUAUCUGGAAUUUCUUCCACUGUGGCAAAUUUAUCUGGAAUGAUUGCACCAGUUGUAGCAGGCUUUAUUGUGCGGAACAAGACUGCUGAAGAGUGGAGAAUUGUUUUCUUCAUUGCUGCUGCAGUUUAUGUUACAGCUGCUUUAAUUUUUGGUGUUUUGGGAUCAUCCGAAAGGCAGCACUGGGCAAAAGAGUCUGCAGCAUCUGGUGAUAAUAACAAGCCACAUGAAGAAAUAAAUAUAAGUGAAACAAAAGAUGUAGUGACACAUAUGUAAUGUAAUUUCUAGUAAUUUUAAUGUAGCUGGUCUUUGUGAUGCUGUGAUAUGAAACUGAGAGUCACCAUUUCUUUGAUAGAUCAGAAGCAUUUUAAUUCAGUUGUAAUGGAAAAAAGUUACUUGUAAUAAUUGUUUAAUGUUCUCAUGUGCUUUAAAUUUAGAUGCAAAGUUUUAUUUGCAUCUUUCAAAUCAAUGUGAAUCUCAAGAUUUAUAUGAAUUUAUAUUUAUUGCCUCGAAUAUCAUUAGUGUAUAUAGACAGUCAUAUACAUAAAACCUAUAUACAUCAAGACAUGUGUAAAUAUUAUCACUUAAUAAAAUUUAUUGCUCAUCUCAGUAAGUGGAGGUUUUAUAACUGAGAUUUUCUUUAUUUUUUUUCCUCUAUUUUGCUCCAUCUGGAAUUCACACAUACUUUUAUGAGAUUUGAUUCAUAUAUCAUGUUAUUAUCAUGGCAUGUUCAGUAUUAUUAUAUGAGAAAUUAAGAUUACAAUGGACAAUUAUUAAUCUUUUUGUGUCAUAUUCCAAUGACUAAGGCAAUAUUCAUGUACUAAAAAACACAUUUUUCCACAAAACAAUCCCAUAUGUACUAUAUCUGACACAUUUUCACAUUUGAAUUACGUACGUCACUGUGUGUUCCUCUGUUAUUUUCAGUUAGACUCAGAGUUGUUUACGUAAGAGAAGUUCUGAUCAUACUUUCAAACUCAAGCACAACAUAAUCAAUUUCAAUAGUUGCAUCAUAACUCAUGCCAUCUUGACCCGGAGCACUGUUGUCAGCCAGUCCAUUGAGAAUCUCAGUUUCACAGAAAUAGUAAUCCUUUCCAAAAGCCACACCUUCAGCUCUACACCAGAAUUAAGUCAUAUUGGAUUGGUCAAAAAUCUAGUCUCCUUCAUGUGGUUCCUAUAGUAAAAUAAAUACUUGUCAC